UGUAAAUCGUAGUCACGAAUAUAUGAAGGAUUUAAUAAUUCAGAAUUAUAGUUGAUUCGUGCAUAUUGUUUGGUGAUAAUGUUAAAAUUGCUUGUAAUUUCUGUUGCUAUUGAAUGUGUAAUUGUUGUGUCAGGAUCAGAACGGUGCAAUGGACAUCACGAAUACUACGAAAAAUGUAUUAAGACAUGCGAUCCUCAAACUUGUGAAAAUGCUGGGGAAACAUUCCACUGUCCAAUGAAAUCCAAAUGUAAAGGUGGCUGCCGGUGCAAGCGAGGAUAUUUACGGAACGAAAAUAAAGAAUGUAUACGUAGUGAUCGAUGCGAUGAUAAAAAUUACGAGAUAUCUUAUUCAUACAAUACACCAACAUCCAAGCAUACGGUCGAAAAGUCUGGCAAAGAAAGUCACAAGCACAGUAAGGGCAGCAGCAGCUUUUUGAGUGAAAAAGACUCAAGUAUAAGCAGUAUUAGUCAAACCCCAUCUACGAGGCACACAUACUGCGGCCGCCACGAAGUAUGGUCAGAAUGUACGAACGGUGGUUGCGGCAGGCGCACUUGUUCGGAUUUGGCAUCACCGGUCAUUUGCAUUGACCCAGCCAAAGGUCACUGCCGAUCUGGAUGCGUUUGUAAAGAAAACUAUCUUCGGAAUCGUUAUGGUCUUUGCGUGCCGAUUUCCAAGUGUCCUACACCUAAAUGCCAAGAGCACGAGGUAUAUCUUCGAAAUAGGGAGACGGUGAAUCAUCCACAAACGUGCUGGCAGUACUUAUAUGCCAACCUUGAUGAUUCCGUCCAGACACAAGGACCAGAAUGCAUUUGCAGGAAAAAUUAUGCCAGGAACAAUGACGGGCAAUGUAUUCCUGUCAGCAACUGUUUUCACAACAUACGAGGAAAAAGAUCAAUUUGCAGGAGUAAUGAGGAGUUCGUACUAAAUACAGCUGGCAUAUCACGGCCUCAAAGUUGCUGGAGAUAUAUUUUAGGUUUUCCAAAAAGUAAAGAACCUCUUUUUAAACCAGGUUGCGUGUGUAUUGAAAACUACGUGCGAAAUAGCACGGGUUCAUGUAUACCUACUAAACAAUGUCGUGAUCUCAUGUUAACUGUCAACAGCACUAUGUUGAACCUACAUAAUAUAGUAAUAUUGGUUUGUGUUACUUCGGUAAUAUGUAAUGGUCAUCCAGAAUUCUGUGGUCCAAAUGAAGUAAUUGACGAUUGUGUUAAUGGUGGAUGUGGAAGGCGUAAUUGCUCAGACCUUGCCGAACCACAAUUAUGCAUUGAUCCUAUACAUUGUAUUAGAGGCUGUCGGUGUAGAGACGGAUAUUUACGUGAUGAGUACGGAGGGUGUGUACCGGUAACUAGUUGUCCAAUACCAAAUUGCAAAGAAGGUGAAAUUUUCGAUUUUUGCCCUGGUUACUGUCAGCCAGAAUGCGGCGUUGACCAAAGCCUUAUCUUAUGUAAACCCUCACCACAACCUGGUGACGCAGACUGCGAUCCAGCUUGUCGAUGUGCUGACGGCUUGUAUAGAACGACGGAAGGAACCUGUGUGCCAAAGGAGUCGUGCCCUCCAAAAUGUCCGAACGGCGAAGUAUACGAGGAAUGCCCAGACCCCUGCGUACCCAAUACAUGUGCAAGCAUUUGGUCGAGAUUCAUACCCUGCCCACCGCGGCCUGAAGAUUGUAAACCGACCUGCCGAUGUCCCGAUGGCCUGCACAGGAAUAAAAUCGGUCAAUGUAUUACUACUGAAGAGUGUUUGCAAUGUAGGGGUCCUAACGAAUACUUCUCAUGCGGUGGAGCGUGUGAUAAUGAAUGUGACAAACUGAGUCGACAGAGUAUAAAUAAUUGUCCAAUUAUCAAUAUUCAGUGUAACAGAAAAUGCUAUUGUGAAGACGGAUAUGCACGAGAUGCUAAUAAUACCUGCAUUCCUAUCAACGAAUGUCCACCGGAGUGUCCAAUAAAUGAGCGAUACGUCAACAAUAUAAAUGAAAUAUGUGAAGCAAAGACGUGUUCAGAACUCGACCAGCCUUUACCGUGUCAGGUAGAUGGAUCUUGCAACACCGGUCCUCCUGGUUGUAUUUGUAUCGAUGGAUAUGUUAGGAAUGGUGAUGGCAUAUGUGUUCCUACUUAUGAAUGUCCUCCAAAAUGUCCGAACGGCGAAGUAUACGAGAAAUGCCCAGACCCCUGCGUACCCAAUACAUGUGAAGUAAUUUAUUCGACUUACAAACCUUGUCCACCUCGCCCCGAAGAUUGUAAGCCAACCUGCCUAUGUCCCGAUGGCCAGUUCAGGAAUAAAAUCGGUCAAUGUAUUACUUCUGAAGAGUGUUUACAAUGUAACGGUCCUCACGAAUACUUCUCAUGUGGUGGAGCGUGUGAUAAUGAAUGUGACAAACUGAGUCGACAGAGUAUAAACAAUUGUCCAAUUGUCAAUAUUCAGUGUAACAGAAAAUGUUAUUGUGAAGAUGGAUAUGCACGAGAUGCUAAUAAUACCUGCAUUCCUAUCAACGAAUGUCCACCGGAGUGUCCUAUAAAUGAGCGGUACGUCAACAAUAUAAAUGAAAUAUGUGUAGCAAAGACGUGUUCAGAACUCGACCAGCCUUUACCGUGUCAGAUAGAUGGAUCUUGCAACACCGGUCCUCCUGGUUGUAUUUGUAUCGAUGGAUAUGUAAGGAAUGGCGAUGGCAUAUGUGUUCCUACCACUGAAUGUCCUCCAAAAUGCCCGAACGGUGAAGUAUACGAGAAAUGCCCAGACCCCUGCGUACCCAAUACAUGUGCAAGCAUUUGGUCAAGAUUCAAACCUUGCCCGCCACAGCCUGAAGAUUGUAAGCCGACCUGUCGAUGUCCCGAUGGCCAGUACAGGAAUAAAAUCGGUCAAUGUAUUACUACUGAAGAGUGUUUGCAAUGUAGGGGUCCUAACGAAUAUUUCUCAUGCGGUGGAGCGUGUGAUAAUGAAUGUGACAAACUAAGUCGACAGAGUAUAAAACAUUGUCCAAUUGUCAAUAUUCAGUGCAACAGGAAAUGCUAUUGUGAGGACGGAUAUGCACGAAAUGCUAAUAAUACAUGCAUUCCUAUCAACGAAUGUCCACCGGAGUGUCCAGUAAAUGAGCAAUACGUGAAGAAUGUAAAUGAAAUAUGUAGAGCAAAGACGUGUUCAGAACUCGGCGAACCAUUACCGUGUCUGCAAGAAGGUUAUGAUGAUAGUGGUCCUCCUGGUUGUAUAUGUAAUGAUGGAUUUAUAAGGAACUGUGAUGGUCUAUGUGUACCUACAACUGAAUGUCCUGCUUGCGGAGGAGAUUAUAAUGCUACCACUGGACCUGGUACUUUUUGCAUAACUUGUGACAACUAUAAGAUAGAAGAACAAGUUGUUUGUAUACUUGUAUCUAAGAUAAACGGUUGUGCCUGCAGAGACAAAUAUGUUUACAACAACCAUUUAAAACAGUGCAUCUUACCUCAAGAUUGUCAUUUAGAUGAGAAUUUAUGUGGAUUCGAGCAUAUUGAUUAUCACUUAUCCUUCAUAAUGUCAAAAUAUUUUUUUGCGUUAUUGUUAUCGGGGUUAAUUUGUAUCAUCAACUGUGAAAGUUCAUCAUCAUCAGAUGAAAGUGAUGAACAGCAACGGUUGAGAAGCAAUUUCGACCAAGGGAACGAUGAUUUUACAGCGCACUUUUUAUACGACGUAAUUGACGAAAAGCCGAAUAAGAGUGUGAUAACAUCUCCGUUCAGUCUGCUAUUUCUUUUAUCGCAAUUAGCCCUUUAUUCUAAAGGGAAGACAUAUGAUCAACUGGCGAAGCUCCUGAAUUUGAAUAAGAGAAAUGACAUUCGAUCCACAAUACCACAAUACUUGGAUGAGAUCAAUUCUCAACGGAACGUUAACUUCUCUUUAGCUGAAAGAGUGUUUGGAAGUAUCGAUUAUCCGUUCAGUAAAGCCUUUAAACGUGACACUAAACUCACAUUCCAUGCUCAAGCCAGAAACUUGGACUUCAGUGAACCCGAGGAAGCAGCCAAGGAAAUAAAUUCAUGGAUUGCAUCGCAGACAAAUAAUCUUAUUAAAGAUUUAAUUUCACCAUCUGCACUAGACGAAGACACUAGACUUGUGCUAACAAAUGCUAUUUACUUUAAGGGUGACUGGAAAAGUCCAUUCAAUUCUAAAAAGACUAGACCACAAACAUUCCACAUCACACACAGGAGGAAGACUUCAGUGAAAAUGAUGAAUCAGAUCGGUCACUUCAAUUACGGUUACAUAAAAAACAUUCAAGCAAAGGUCGUCCAAAUGUUUUAUAAAAAUGAAAACUUCUCUUUCCUCACAAUAUUGCCAAAUAAGAAGCAUAGUGUACAUUCAGUGGCUGAUCAGCUGCAAGAUCUAGACUUACAAUAUGAUGUCAUAAAUAAUCUAGACUCGGCUCGAGUGAAUAUUUCAAUUCCUGUAAUUCAUACUGAAUCAAAAACUGACCUAGCUGACAUCUUAAAGAAGAAUGGAGUGACAGCUUUAUUCAACAGCAGUAGCUCUGAUCUGUCAGGUAUUCUGAUGUACCCGGAACCAUUGUACGUUUCAAGUGCGAUUCAAAAGGCCAAAAUAAUUGUUAACGAAGCGGGUUCAGAGGCAGCUGCGGCGAAUGCAAUUACCGUCGGAACAACAGCCGCAGAAGCUAAACCUGAACAAUUCCAUGCUAACCAUCCAUUUCUCUACUACAUUAUGUAUAAAGACACGGCUAUAUUCGCUGGACAUUAUGCGGGUGCACAAUAAAUAAAUGCGACAUAACUUUUUAAACAAAACCUCUUUUUGUUUUCGUUUAUAAUUAGCCAACGCAUGACAGUCAUAGACAUUUAAUAAAAUUGAUUAUCAAAUUAA